AGGGGCCAAACUUCUAUUGGGAGCAAAAGACCCUCAUUUGAAGUGUAUUUGUUCAGAAAGUGGAAGUUGGUUGGCCGCGGUUUGACUUGUUUAGCUCCCAGACAAGGAUUAAGUCAGGUCCAUGCACGAGCAUGAGUCGGCUCCCUUGGUUCGCACUCUGUACUAGAACCGCGGGAACGAAGUAGUACUACGACUACAACAACCACCACGACCACCUCUAGUACUACUACUACUACUACUACUACUACUGCAUGUCACAGUUAGAGCAGCGCCCCGUGAACGACGUAAGUGAGCAUAGCUACUCUCUUUUGUGCAUGCUUUACUCCUCAUUCACUCACCACCACUUGGUUGAGUGGUGGUGUGGUAGUGGUGGUGUGGUGGUGUGGUAGUGGUGGUGUGGUGGUGGUGGUGGAAGAGGAAAUACUAGUAGUGGUUCUUCAAGUAGUAGAACUAGUCCCACUACUCGGUUUCUCGCACCCCGACAAACUAAGAGUUGCGAACGAGCGCCGAGGCAGGCGCGUGAGGACUCCAACAACAGCAGCAACAACAACAACAACAGCAAUUGUGACGACGACGACGACGUCGGCCUCGACGACAAGAAUCACUACGCCUGUGGUUAGAGCGCCGACAACGAUGAUGAUGAUCACCAUGAUGAGGAUGAUGAUACGCAUUCGCCACUUAGUUGUGAGCUUGAAGAGAUCUCUUAGUGGUGUCGGCAUUUUACCGAGGAGGACCAGAACCUCGAUGAUUCUCUCUCCACGCUUUUCACUUGCCAGUUACGGAGAAGGUCUGAACGGAUCCAGAGGGUGAUCGAGCUCUGUCCUUGCCAAAACCUUCAAAUGUAAAUUGUACACAACGUCAAACCGCAGUUAUUGAAUGUACGGAAUAACAACAACAGUGAAGGCUACAACAACAUCUAAAGCUUGCUAACAGAAUAUAAAAAGUUUGCACAGUGAAGUGAAUCAUAAUGCAAUUGUUUUGAUUGUGCUCAUCGGGUGAUUUUGGAAACAAAUUGUGACUCAAGUGGGUUUUUGAUUGAAUGUGGACCGCAUGAUUGACGGUCUUCAGAACCACUUGAAAAGUGUAUUGUUUUGACCCAGGCAAUCAAAGCCUGGCUCUAUUCUACAAUUGAUCGCAAGGGGUCUGCCUUCAAAAUUUCACCCGUGCCCAGUAAAAUGAAUCCAGCCGCAGCCGCAGCUGUAGCUGCGGCCAGACACCAGGGACCUCAGCCCAGUCCAUUCAAACUGACAAUCGGGGAAUCAAUUGACCGAAUCAAGGAGGAAUUCAGCUUUUUACAGGCCCAAUACAACAGUUUGAAAUUAGAAUGCGAAAAACUGGCUCAAGAGAAAACAGAGAUCCAGCGCCAAUACAUUAUGUAUUACGAGAUGUCAUAUGGCCUUAAUGUGGAAAUGCACAAACAGUCCGAGAUUGUCAAGAGGCUGUCAGCUAUUGUGGGACAGAUCCUACCCUUUCUGUCCCAAGAGCAUCAGCAGCAAGUCGCAACGGCCGUGGAGCGUGCCAAACAAGUGACUAUGUCCGAGUUGAACUCGGUUAUUGGGCAACAGCAAAGACCGGAUCUUGCUCGAUUAAUGCAGAUGCAAGCACAAGCUAACCAACUUCCCCCGGGUGGUCCGGGCGGUUUACCACCUGGUCUGUUCUCGGGUCAUCCAGGAGGUCCGAUGGGAGGCUUACCUACUACCUUAUCGUUAUUAGCAGGUAUUCCUACCUCUCUUGCUCAAGCUGGACCUAACCUUUCGCAUCACGCAUUUGCCAGCCUUUUGGCUCAACAAAAACCCGGCGGUGGACCAGAUUCACAUCGCAAGGACGAAGAUACGAAGAGGACUGAAGCUAAUGGAGGUCCUCACAACCCUAUUUCAUCUGCAGCAGUCUCAUUGGCGGGACCGGGAUUGCCAAUUUUGCCUCCAAAUUUACAUCCCGAAGACCGAAGGAGGGCCUCUCGGUCCCCCAUGGCGACGGAUCAGCGAUCCAGAUCCCCCCUUGAGGCCAAGAAGAUGAAAAAGGAGGACGAGGAUGGCGAUCGAAGUGAUCAGGAUUUGGUUGUGGACGAUUCUAAUGAUGCAGUGGGAGCCUCUUCUUCCUCAUCUCGACCUGGCAAGACAACCAGCAACGGCUCGGCCUCAGGCUCGUUGGCUACAAAUGGAAAUCGAUCUCCCAAGGAGAACGGCGGCGUCAGCGAGUGUGGCGGCAAGAAAGAUCCACACAGUCCCAAUUCCGCGCGAUCGACCCCGGCCUCAAUUGGCAAGAAGGAUGACAAGGCCUUGAGCGCAUCCCCGGGUGUGGGACAAGCCAAAAUGUCACCACCAGUGUCCAAGGCAUUGGCUGGCUUGGGCUAUCCAUUCCCUGAUGGUAUACCGCCUCCCGGAGUUUUUAAUGGCUUCAGGCCACCAAUCCCAGGAGCUAUUGAUCCCGCACGGCCUCUUCCACCUGGAUUAGUGGGCGGAAAACCUGCAUACUCAUUUCUGGUAAACGGCGAAGGCCAACCCCGACCGGUACCCUUCCCCGCCGAUGCUCUUAUGGGACCUGGAAUCCCUCGGAAUGCCCGGAAAAUCAACACCUUACCCCAUGGAGACGUUGUUUGUGCAGUAACCAUGAGUAAUCCUACCAAAUAUGUUUACACGGGAGGCAAAGGCUGUGUCAAAGUUUGGGACAUCAGUCAACCCGGAAGCAAGAGCCCCGUGUCCCAGCUCGAAUGUCUCCAACGUGACAAUUACAUCAGAUCCAUCAAAUUGCUGCCCGAUGGGCGCACUCUCAUUGUGGGUGGCGAGGCCAGCACGAUUUCGAUAUGGGACUUGGCCUCUCCUACGCCCAGAAUCAAAGCAGAAAUGACCUCGAGUGCCCCCGCGUGUUAUGCCCUGGCAAUUAGCCCCGAUUCGAAGGUCUGCUUCAGCUGUUGUAGUGAUGGCAACAUUGCCGUUUGGGACCUGCACAAUCAGACCCUUGUUCGUCAAUUCCAAGGCCACACGGAUGGGGCCAGUUGCAUUGAUAUCUCGGCGGAUGGAACCAAAUUGUGGACGGGGGGUCUGGAUAACACGGUGCGCUCCUGGGAUCUCCGCGAAGGCCGUCAACUCCAGCAACACGACUUCUCGUCGCAAAUCUUCUGCUUGGGCUAUUGUCCCACGGGUGAUUGGUUGGCCGUUGGCAUGGAGAGCUCCAACGUGGAAGUCCUCCAUUGUUCCAAGCCCGACAAAUACCAGCUCCACCUCCACGAUAGCUGUGUUUUGUCACUCAAGUUUGCCAAUUGCGGCAAAUGGUUUGUGUCCACGGGAAAAGACAAUCUCUUGAACGCCUGGAGGACGCCAUAUGGAGCUUCCAUUUUCCAAUCCAAAGAGGAAUCCUCGGUACUCAGUUGUGACAUCUCAUCCGACGACAAAUACAUUGUGACAGGAUCUGGUGACAAAAAAGCCACUGUUUAUGAGAUUAUCUAUUGAAUUGGUACAAUUGCAGCAAAUGUGCAUGUACACGCAGAGCCACAGACAAGCAGACCCAUAGACACACAGAUAGACAGAUAGACAGAUGACCCCUUUCCUUGUGCCACCCGGACAAAGCUAACCCCAUCAGUCUGUUUGCUUUCAUCGAACUCUGUCAUGUGUUGUUGCGUUUUCAAACGAACUCUUUUCGUCAUCGUCACCCCCUACUCACUCACUAACUCACUCACUCACUCAUUGACUCAUUCACUACUCACUCUGAGGCUUAGAUGGAUUCAAAUGACAAGUUUUAAACCAAUCAAUGUACUAGAAUGAAUCAAUCCCCCACCCACCUACAAACCAAACCCACCCACCUACCAUCAUCCCGCCAGCCUCAUUUAUUAUAGUAAGAUAGUCAGUCAACAGCCGAAUCUGAGACGAAUCUCUCUCUUUCUCUCUCUACUUUGUAUAGUAAAUCAUAGCUUGUUCCACUCCAUGUGAAUGAAUCUCAAUCAUGUUUGACCGUUGUGUUUUUGUUCCACAAAUAUGUCGAGGCUAAAUAAGAGGGACGCGAAGAUGGUGAAAAUUUGAUCUUUAUCAACUCAGUCACGAUAUGAUAUGAAAGAUGCGUAUUUAACGCUCAUGCCACAACAUAUUUGCUGUAGUCUUUCACGAUCCUAUAUAAUGAAUAAAAAAUAGUUCUUUUUCUA